AUGAACGGGGAGGUGAUGGAGGUGAUGGAGGAGAAACAGGAGCAGCAUCAAGCCGGCAACGGCUCCCAGCUCCCUCCCCCCCCCACCAUCACGCCGGCCAUCCCCCCCUACGUGAAGCUGGGUCUGACCGUCGCCUACACCAUCUUCUACUCGCUGCUCUUCUCCUUCAUCUACGUCCAGCUGUGGCUGGUGCUGAGGUACCGGCACAAGCGCUUCAGCUUCCAGACGGCCUUCCUGUUCCUGUGCCUCCUGUGGGCCGCCCUGCGCGCCCUCCUCUUCUCCUUCUACUUCAGAGACUGUGUCACCGCCAACGCUCUGCGACCCUUCUCCUUCUGGCUGCUCUACUGCUUCCCCGUCUGCCUGCAGUUCUUCACCCUGAGCCUCAUGAACCUCUACUGCUUCCAGGUUUAUUUCAAGGCGAAGUCGAAGCACACACCUGCGCUGCUGAAGUUCAGACUUCCUCUGUACCUCGUCUUCCUCGCGGUCAGCCUCCUCUUCCUGGUGGUGAACCUGGUCUGCGCCCUACUGGUCAGGACCACCGCCGCCCACGUGAAGACCCUGGUCCUGGUGAGGGUCACCAUCAACGACAGCCUGUUUGUCCUCUGCGCCGUCUCGCUGUCCGUCUGCCUCUACAAGGUGGCCAAGAUGUCUCUGGCCAGCAUCUACCUGGAGUCCAAGGGGACGUCGGUGUGCCAGGUGGCGCUGAUCGGCCUCACGGUGGUGCUGCUGUACGCCUCUCGAGCCGGUUACAACCUGGUGGUGCUCGCCCUCACCGACAUCCGGACCAUCAGCUCCUUCGACUUCGACUGGUACAACGUCUCAGACCAGGCCGACCUGCGCUCGUCCCUGGGAGACGCCGGCUACGUGGUGUUCGGGGGGGUCCUGUUCGUGUGGGAGCUGCUGCCCACCUCGCUGGUGGUCUUCUUCUUCAGGGUGCGACGGCCUCCUCAGGACAGGGGCGGCGCCGCGAUCCCGAGCCACAUCCUGUCCUCGCGGGGGGGCUACUUCUUCGACAACCCCCGCCGCUACGACAGCGACGAUGACCUAGCCUGGAGCAUUCCUCCCCAGAAUGCAUCAGCCAGCUUCUCCUCCGAGUGCUACGACUGUGGCAGCUUCACCUCCAUCAGUGACCAGCACCUGACCCCCGGGGAGCUCCAUCAUUACCCAUGA